AUGCAUGUGUACAUGACAAUGCGCAUUUUGUUUUCCAAGGCUUCUCUGACGGCUAAAGACGUGGACGCUCUACUGACGGAAGCUGAACUAUUGGUAAACUACGCAGCGUACAGAUUGGCACGCCCAUCUAGGAGAUUUACGGGCGCCUACCUGGUUAUGAAGUUGUCGUCUUUGUUUAUGGUAUUUGACUACCUGGUUUGCACAAUUGAGGUCGUUGGGGACAAGAUGAAUACCGGCAGAUGGUGGCCUGCGUUUGUACAGAAGUUCCCUACAGCCUAUUUUGUUACUGAGCGACGAGGGAGGAAAAAAACCAAACUGUUGAACAGGCUCGUCAAUCGACUAUGUUUGGCACUGUCAGUAUAUAAGGAAGGAAGACGCCCGGAAUUUAGGGAAAUAAUUGACCUGAAGAGGGCCAUUCUCGCCCAGGCGUACAAAGACAGCCAAUUGGCAAACCCGCUGUGGGAGCUGUGGAGACGGGACGACAAGCAGUUCUCUUCUGGCGGCUGUGAUGAGCAAAGUCCGGCUGAGGAUCAAGAACAUGGCCAACGAGAAUCAGAUACGCCUUGA